CUGAUACUCAUCUCAACGCUGGGUACUCAGGUUUACUCUGCUCUAUUCACCCAUUUCUGCACAUAUCAAAGCUGACCCCAGUCUCUUGUGAAGUCGGGAAAACACUCUGCCAUGUAAAAUAUUAACCUGUCUUAGUCACAGUCCUGGGAAAUCCCACCACGGAGUCAGAGUCAUUCAGCCAAAAGGGAAACCACAGGAAGACAUUCAUCAGGUCUCCACUCAGCUAAAUGAGCUGUGGUGACUGUGGAUUUCUUCUCAGAAGACUUCAAACUAAAAGCAUCACCCAGAGUAAUCAGUAAGGAUGAUUUCAGCGGACCAACUUCGUUUAAAUACAGAGGACAAUAAUCCUGAUACUUCAACAGACUUAAAUGGCGCAGAAAAUAAUCCUGAACAUGGUGUCCCCAGUCUUCCCCUGGAGGAGUGGAGAAUCAUGCUGCUUGGGAAGAGCGGCUCAGGGAAGAGCUCGGCGGCCAACACCAUCCUCGGCGAAGAGCUGUUCAAGUCAGACAUGAAGCUGUCCAGGGUCACACAGUUCUGUGAGAAGAAGACCAAGGACGUCCACGGCAGGCCCGUGGCAGUGAUCGACACUCCUGGUCUGUUUGAGACCAGACGCUCUGAGAAGGAAGUUGUUCGAGAGAUCCUGCAAAGUGUCUCCCUCUACAGGCCUGGUCCUCACGUGUUUGUGGUGGUCAUCCCCAUAGGCCGCUUGACACUGGAGGACAAGGGCACCAACAGUCUGAUAGAGAGCACGUUUGGCAAGGGGGUUUGGGACUUCACCAUUGUGCUGUUCACCCAUGGCGACAAGCUGGAGGGCAAGACCCUGAAUGACGUCAUAGCCAGCGGCGACGAGGACCUCCGAGAGUUCAUCCGCAGGUGCAGCGGAGGAUUCCUGGUCUUCAACAACAAGGACAUGGGAGACCGGGAGCAGGUGGCCAAGCUCCUGGAGAAGGUGGAGACCCUGGUGGCCCUGAACGGCAACCAGUGCUACAGGAACAACCUGUACCCCAAGCAAGAGAGGGGGAUCAGGGAGAGGCAGGAGAGCAUCUUGGCCGAGAGGGAUAAAGACAUCGCACGCCGAGAGAGAGCACUGGAGGAGCAAUACAAUGGAGAGGAGCUGGACAGACAGAGGAGGGAACUCUGGAGGAAAGAGGAGGCAGAGGCGAGAAGAUUGUCACAGGUCUUGCCAAUGAAAACUCAAGUGGGAGUAAUCAUCUUGAUAUCCUUGGUGUCUAUGGCGAUAUUUGGACCAUUCGGCCUGCUAAUAGGCAUUUUUCUUGGCAUAUUCACUUUGGUCGCAAGGGUUUGAUAUGCACAUGUGCACAGAUGUGCAUGCACACACACACACACACACACACACACACACACACACACACACACACACACACACACAC